CUCUGGACUCUAUAAGUCCACCAUCUCUGCUUCAUCUUAAAACCCUCUUCUGAGGGUUUUCUGUAUCUGGGAGCCAUCAUGAGUAUCAAUAAGUGUCCUUCUCUGCUUCUUCUGCUCCCUCUUCUUCUCGUCUUGGCUUCUUCAGUUUCACAGAAACCCUCCGUUGCAGAAGCAAGACCACUCUCCCUCAGAUCCCAUCUUCAAGGAGGCUCGCAGACGCUGACCUUGGCUUCACUUGGAGUUGUCUGCAAGUGUUGUGAUGGGAUUGAAGGUGCCUGCACAAGCACAUGGACAGAUUCUUGCUCUAAUUUACAGUGUUCUCCAUGGAAAUAUCAGACUAGCUAGUUAUUAUCUUCUGUGAAUUUUCUGGUUGUUUUUUGUUUCGGAGGAAUCAGGGAUACUAUAUAUAGAAAUAUCCGAAUACCCCCCUAUUAUAUACCUGCGUACUGUGUAAUUUUUGUGAAUACUGAAAACUUUGUCAUAAGCUAAUUCAGGAGUUACUUUUUGUGGGUCUGCUGGAUUAGAUUGUAUGUCUUUGAAGACCAGCAAGAAAGUUUACAGAAUACUUUAGCUUGCAAUUU